GAAUGAUUUGUUUACCUUCGAUACGGCCCACUGACCUAAAUUCAUUUACUAUUGAAAAUUUAAUAUCGGUAAAUUUAUUGUUUCAGUUCUGAUCAUGAGCAUUUUCACACAAAGUUCCAAGAUUGUUCAUGAAAGAAUAGAAAAAAAUAAGUCGUGUGGAAAUUCAUUUUUUUGUUUGGCUUAAGAACAUAUUAUAAAAACUAAUGCAUAUGACAUUUAGUUAAUGUAUUUAUAUUGUACAUUAUAUUCUUUGAUGUGGAUUUUUAAUGGCAAAUGACACUUUAAUAGAACCAAAAGAAAAUGCUUCAAUUCCAACAGCAGCUUUAUUGGUUCUUGGCAUAACUUUUUACAUGAUCAUUAUUUUCAUUGGUUUACUCAUAAGAAAAUGUCUUGUAGCUCAUGGGAUAUGUACGAAUUGCUGUCCAAAAGUAGGUGGAUCAAAAUGCUGCGGAACAUGCAAUGAGUAUGCACAGCAAUGCAAUUGGAAACCACCUACUGUUGAUGGCUGCCUAGAUUUUGUUUGUCCUACAAAACAAAGAGUAAACUGUAUUGAAUUUCUAGUCUGUGACUGGGUUAGUUUACAAUGCUGCAGUGGAGGUGGAACUUAUACAUGUGGAAGUGGUGAUUAUGCAUGCACAUGUGAAGCACCACAGUGUGAAAACAUAAAUUGUCUAUGUUGUGAAAUAUCAUUUAGAAAUGUCUCAACAGUUUCAUAAUUUGUUGGGAAAAAAUUCAGUAUUUUGACAAAAAAUGUAUUUUUGUAAUUAGAGUAAUUUUUGA